CUAAUCUGCUGUGAUUGGUCCGAUGACUCAGUCUGUUGUGAUUGGUCGACUGGGUUCAGCACGAGAUGGAAACAAACGCCCACCACUGUUAUGAAGUAGCGAGAAUGUGAGCACCCAAUACAGAAGUGCAAUUAAGCAAUGCAGUUAAACACCAGCAUAGUCUCUGGUGUUCCUUCAAUAGCGAACGGUUGGCAAGGUGUAGGUUAUUGUAUCAAUCAUCAGAAAAAUGACAGGAACAAACACAGCACUAGGUCGGCUAUACUGUGGUAUUGUUGUGAAAAUUAACUUUAAUUGUUUAUUUGCCACAGCUGAAUCUCCAAUUGUAGGUUAUCGUCAUCUUCGUGUCAUGAUCAGUAUCCUGUCUCGCUAGUGUCUGAAGGGUAAGGCGCGUUCACGUUUUUCCGGAAUCGGUACUACAUAUUUGGUAAUGCACCGUGUCGACGUUGAUGCAUUUAGGCAAAAGAUCUGAACCCAACACGAUCCAUUUAUUCGACUCUGAGUUGACUAUUUGGCUAAAAAAGAAUCAAUAGUUUUACACACAGUACACUUUCAGAUAUAAACGCCAGCUGGAUGUUUACAUUCACUUAGUGCUGUGUUAUUGUUAUUCAUUGCAUGUAAGUUCAUUUUCAAAAACCUAUAAUAGGGGCUCUUUAAAAAAAACCUCAAAUCUAUCUGCAAUAUUAUUAUGUGAAUUUCUGAUGUUUUUAAUCACAUUUUUUUUUGCUCUGUUUGAGUGUGGUAGUCUUACAAUAACUAACAGUAAUAGUAAUAGUGUUUACUUUGAUUGGUUCACCGACAAAUUAAUUUCGUUUUGCCCACAGUACAAUCGUGAAGGUUUGGGAUGACGUGAAUUCAACAAGGUGCUGGAAACAUUUCCUUGAGAUAUUGGUCCAUUUGGUCCACUUGAUGGAGAUUUGUGUGCUGUCUACAUCAGGCCCAGCACCAGAUUUGGAAUGUAAGACGCAGUCAAAGGAAACUGACCAUCGCCACCUCCUCAUGAUGCAUAUGAACAGCUUGCUAAAUCGAUGGAAUGAAAUCUCCAAGAUGUGCGAGGUGGACGAAACUACAGAACCAGUCAGUCCCACACUGCUCAGUGAGUCCACUGACACCUACUGCCAGACCGACUGCUGGCAUCCGCUACGCACGACUGUCCGCAAGCUGGAGUUUUGGGAAGACUUCAGCGCUGAGCUCAUUGGGACCGGCUUCUUCUCCAAGGUCUACAAGGUGAUGCACGGCACUACGAAAAAGGUGAUGGUGGUGAAGAUCUACAAGAACGACGUGGAUCAGAACAGCAUCGUGAGGGAGAUCAGUUUACUUCAGAAACUCUCCCACCCAAACAUAGUGAGGUACCUGGGAAUCUGUGUCAAGGAGAACAAGCUGUACCCAAUUCUCGAGUAUGUUAGCGGAGGCUGUCUGGAGGAGCUGCUGGCCAGAGCUGACGUCAGUCUCUGCUGGAGGGAGAAGAUCGAGCUGGGCUGUGAUAUCAGCAGAGGAAUGGCAUAUCUGCACUACAAGAACAUCUACCAUAGAGAUCUCAACUCGAAGAACUGUCUGAUCCGCAUGUCGUCACGUGGACGAGAGGCUGUGGUGACUGAUUUCGGCCUGGCCAGAGAGGUGGGGGAUCUGCCUGCGAAUGACCCCGACCGGAAGCUCUCUCUGGUGGGCUCCGCUUUCUGGAUGGCCCCUGAAAUGCUCAGAGGAGAGCCGUAUGAUCGUAAGGUGGAUGUUUUCUCGUUCGGGAUCAUGUUGUGUGAGAUCUUAGCAAGAAUUCCUGCUGAUCCAGAGGUGCUGCCAAGGACAAAGGAUUAUGGGCUGGAUGUGCAGGCCUUUAGAGAGCUGGUGCAGGGCUGUCCAGAGCGGGUUCUGGAACUCUCCGCCAGCUGCUGCCAGAUGGAUGCUUUCCGGAGACCGUCCUUCUCUGAGCUUCUGGAUGAGCUGGAGGACAUCGCUGAGACUCUGGAGCCGCCAGACAACAACCUGUCCACAGGCUGAGCUCCACAAAUCCCUUCUAAAACAAAGCAAACCCCUGCACUGAAGGACUGAAGAGUCUGCGGCGGUGGACCGUGACUGACACUCUGUUCUCCCACGAGUGCCACAUACAGGAGAACGUCUGGUAAUUGAGGACAAAAAAACAACACUCGACUGAAUGUUCACUCAAUAAGCAGUUCUGGACGCCCUCCUUAUAGCGUGACACUGAAUGAAAGGCAGAAUUUGACCUUUUCUGUUUUUUUUAUCAUGUAGAUAAUAGUGUAAUUCUUUAGGGACCAGUUUUUUCAAUUUUAUUCACAUUAAAAAAAGACCAAAUUCAUUACAAACCAAUUCCUGAUUUAUCUUGGCUUCAGGAAAAUGCAAGUUUACUUUUUUAUUCCUGCUAAAAAGCAGGAAAUAAGUUUAAACCAAACCAGAGAAAUUAAGGUGCACUAAGGUGCCUUUUCGUUUUAGAAAAACAAACAUAUAUAUUCAUACUGGCAUUCGACACGCUCUGUUAUUUUCAUGCUUUAGUUGUUGUUCUGUUAACAUUUUUUUCCCAGUGUUAACACCAUUUGAUGAAACUUAAAAAAAUUGUCCGGCUCACACUUGUGGUUUGGUUCAUUUGAUUUGGACACAAAAAGAAAAAUCAUACAUGUAGAUAUUUAUUUAAACUGCCUUUUUUAAACCAUAUCAUACAAAGCAAACAAAUAAGAAAAUACUUUUAUAAUAUUUAUUUAGCAAAACAAAAUCUUAAACAACAUUCAAAACACUUAAUGCAGUUGUUGUGUUUGUAUUUAUAUUAUUUGAGACUUAAUGAAGAGCUUAUAAAAUGCGGAGAGUCAAAAGAGCACCAGGAGUUCCUCACUCAAAUGAACAUUUGCUGCUAGGAAAUACAUUUCUGAAUUUUCAAUGUGGAAUGUAAUGUGCAAAAUUAUGACCAUGAAAGGGAAAAAAUAGGUUUUUCUGUAAUAUAUGUCAUCUUUUUGGUCUGAGACCUCCUUUUUCCAUCUAUCUUGGUUUGGUGAUCCAUAUUUUAUACUGUUUUAAAAGAAAAUGCUAAGUGUUAAAAAACCCUUUAAUUAAUAAAAAUGGUAAUUGUAGAACGUGCACAGAUAGCUGAACAAUCAUACUAAAAUAAGUCACUAUAGUAUUCUAGUAAGGGCUGUAUAAUCACUGUUUUCUCAGGUUGUGUGGGUUUUGAAUAUGUGAAAUUCGUCAUGAUAGUAAAUGUUUGUAUAAACCCUUAUCAGAUGUUUAACUAGUGUUUCUUAACUAGAAUCUAUUUUGUUUACUGAGCUGUUUGUAAUACCCCCCCCCCCCCCCCCCCCGAUUUGUACGGUUAUAUUCAAAUGUGGAUUUAUCUAUAUUUCUACUGUAGUUUGUUAGUAACACCAAUAAAACAUUGAUUAGUUUUCAA